GACGACAUUGUUAUAUCUGUCCCAGACAGUUGAAUUUAGCUUGCAUGCAUCGACAACAUCCAAUCUUAAAAUGCUCGGCCUUGCUCUUGUAUUUUAUUUUCGGACGGCGCCUUCCCGCCUAAGAAAAAAAAGGACUUGUCAAACCGAUGUGUCUGCUCUUUGUAUGUGUGACCCCUCUUCUACUACCGCAUUUGUUCUCAGCUCUCCACCUCCUAGACAACCCCCUAUAGGUCGGUCUCUGCUUCGAAAAAAAAGGAUCAGAACAGAAGAGACGCAGGUCGCCUCUCUUGUGAUCCACAAAGCCCGUCCCUCACGCCUCGACAACGACAAAGUCCGGCUGUGUCGCACGAACGAACGACCAGUCGACGCCGAACGCCUAGAGCUUGAAGAAAGAGCAAGGCGAUCCCGCCGAACGAAUUCUCAAAUUUGUCGCAUAGACGUUCUGUCCCCGGUCGUCCCAUCUCCGAAGCCCUGUCGGCGCGACCGUCCGUUCGUUGUUGCUUUGUCGAUAAAAACUGCUCCUAUCUUCGUCCCGCGAGAACGAGCAAGCACCCAUCCGCUCCCAUUACCAGUGGACUUUCUGCCACAAAGCGAUAUUUGGCAUCCAUCACCAGCGAUAUCCCCUGCACCAUCCGCUAGCGACCAAAGGCAUCAUCGAGUAGGACCUCUGCGACACAGGGUUCAGCUUUACAGAUGCUCACCGCUGCCGCCUUCGCCGUUGUGACGGCCUUGGCCUCGUCCUCAUGGGCGCAGAGCGUGGCGCCGUCGAUGAGCAAGGAUGGGGCCUCCGGCGUAUCGGGGAUCCUCAGCCCUUCUUAUGCAGGCAUGGGCAUAGAGCCGUCGAAUCUGUUUUCAUUCACGGGAACCAGCUCGAGCGGCAAUGCAUUUACCAAUCAGCUCCUGACGAAUCUCGGCCAGAUGACGGGUAUCCCGCCCCAUAUUCGCGUAGGAGGCAAUUCGGCGGACCAGAUGAAGUUCGACCAAGACUACAGCGGCUUCAAUUUGGAGAACAAUCCUAACCCCACAGGCCAGGGCUAUGGCUAUCAAACAGAUCACUUCAUCUUUGGGCCCAACUACUUUACCGCUCUCGACACACUGCCCAAGAGCACGCCUGUGACUGUCGGUAUCAACAUGGCCUACACCGGUAGCGACUAUCUCCAGGAGGUCGUCAACCAGGCCGCAGCGGCCAU